AUGAAGACAGUGGCAACCGUUUGCUUCUUAUUGUUACAUUUCAGUGCUCUUUCCAGGGCUUUAACCCGGGAGUAUUAUUUUGGAAUUAGGGAAAUCAAUUGGAAUUAUGCUCCAAGUGGCAAAAAUGUAAUUGCUGGUCUAACCAUCAACAAUGAUGAGCAUGCAUCUGUCUACCUGAAACGAAGUCCUACCAGGAUAGGGAGUAUCUAUAAGAAAGCUGUGUACAUAGAGUAUACAGAUGGCAAUUAUACCAAGGAGGUUCCUAAACCGGAAUGGUUGGGAUUCCUAGGACCAAUGAUAAAGGCUGAACAAGGCGAUGUCGUCAUUAUUCAUCUGAAGAAUUUUGCUUCUCGACCUUACACACUUCAUGCACACGGUUUCACCUACACUAAAGAAAACGAAGGUGCAUUUUAUCCUGACAACUCCACUGCCAGAGAGAAACUAGAUGACCAUGUAAACCCAGGAACAAACUACACUUACAAGUGGGAUUUAACAGAAGAUCAAAGCCCAGCUGAGAGUGACAUAGACUGUUUGACAAGGAUUUAUCACUCACAUAUUGAUGCACCCAAGGAUGUUGCAGCUGGACUUAUUGGACCUUUGAUUAUUUGCAAAAAAGGUGUUCUAACUGGCAAGAAGCAUCAGAAUAAGGCAGCGAAUGAAGAGUUUGCCUUAAUGUUCUCAGUGGUCGAUGAAAACCUCAGCUGGUAUCUGAAAGACAAUAUCAGAACUUAUUGCACGACUCCAAAUAAUGUGAAUAUAGAGGAUGAAGACUUCAUGGAAAGUAACCAAAUGCACUCCAUUAAUGGAUAUGUCUAUGGAAACCUCCCUGGCCUCUCUAUGUUCACUGGGGACAAAGUGGUCUGGUAUCUGUUUGGAAUGGGAAAUGAGGUGGACAUACACUCUGCCUAUUUCCUUGGGCAGUCCCUGAUCGAUAGGCAUCAGCAUGUUGAUACCAUCAGCCUAUUUCCUGCCACGUUUGUCACAGCUGUAAUGGUGCCCAAGAAUCCAGGAAAGUGGCUGCUCAGUUGUCAAGUCAAUGACCAUGUAGAAGCUGGAAUGCAAGCCUUAUUUGAAGUUGUAGACUAUGUAAAGAAAACCAAAAAGCCUACGAGUGUAGGAAAUGAAAGACGCUAUUACAUUGCUGCAGAGGAAAUCAUCUGGGACUAUGCACCAUCUGGUCUGGACCAAUUCACAGCAAAGCCUUUAACCAGUCCACACAGUGAUUCUGUGACAUUUUUUGAAAAAGGAGAGAAAAGAAUUGGAGGAAAAUACAAAAAAGCUGUUUACAGAGAAUACACAAGUGACACUUUUAAAAUGCAGAAGCAGCGGACGCCACAGGAACAGCAUCUUGGAAUACUUGGACCUGUCAUUAAAGCCGAAGUUGGGGAUAGGAUCAAGGUGACCUUCUGGAACAAUGCCAGCCACACGUACAGUAUUCAAGCUCACGGAGUCCUCUAUGACAAAGAUUCUGAAGGAGCCAAAUACCAAACGUCCACAUCGGGAAUCGUGGCUCCGCCUCCUCGCUCGCCUUUUGUCCAGCCCGGUCAAACGUUUAUUUAUGAAUGGAGCGUUCCAAAGGAGUAUGGUCCGAGUGAGAAUGAUCCAAACUGCCUGACUUGGCUCUACUCUUCAGCUGUGGAUUCCAUAAAGGACAGUAGCUCUGGUCUGGUUGGUCCUCUCAUUGUGUGCAAGAAGAACACCCUAAACUCUCAAGGGAAGCAGAAAAAUGUGGACAAGGAAUUCUAUUUGCUAGCGACGGUGUUUGAUGAGAAUCUCAGCUGGUAUUUAGAUGACAACAUCAAGAUGUUUACAACUAACCCCAAAGCUGUCAAUAAGGACGAUGAGGACUUUCAAGAAUCAAACAAAAUGCACUCCAUCAACGGAUACAUGUAUGGCAAUCAGCCAGGUUUGGAGAUGUGCAAAGGAAACAUAGUGUCCUGGCAUAUGUUUGGUCUUGGAUCAGAAGUUGAUAUCCAUGGGAUUUAUUUCCAAGGCAACACUUUCACCAAGCAAGGAAUCAGAAGAGACGUGAUCAAUCUAUUCCCACACAUCUCAGCCACAAUUAUCAUGCAACCCGACAGUGCAGGAGUAUUUGAAGUGUCCUGCAAGACGACAGACCACUUCGCUGGAGGCAUGAAGCAGUUUUACACGGUGAAUAAAUGCUCCAUGUUUGAUUUGCCGGAUCUGUUUUACUCCGAGAAGAAAUACUACAUUGCAGCUGUUGAAAUUGAAUGGAACUAUUCACCUUCCAGGCAGUGGGAACUUGAAAUGCAUCACUUCCACCACCAAAGUCCUGGAACCCCUUAUGUAGUGCGAGGAAAUGUGACCAUUGGUCCCAAGUAUAAGAAAGUUGUCUAUCGGGAAUAUACUGAUAAGACAUUUACUAAACAGAAGAAGAGAACCACAGAAGAAGAACAUCUGGAAAUUCAAGGCCCACUACUUCACGCAAAAGACGGGGACAAGCUCAAAAUUGUGUUCAAGAAUUUGGCCUCGCGGCCCUAUUCCAUUCAUGCACAGGGAGUGAAAACAGACAAUCCUUCCAUCAAAUACACACUUCCAGGUGAGACAGAAACAUACAUUUGGAAGAUCCCUCAAAGAUCUGCUCCUGAGGAUGGAGAGUCUCGUUGUAUUCCGUGGGCAUAUUACUCAACUGUAGAUCCAAUUAAGGAUCUGCAUAGUGGUCUGAUAGGGACACUGGUAACCUGCCGCAAAAAGUUUUUGGAGUCUUUUGGCUUAACAAAAUCUGAGCCACAAGAGUUCGCUCUUCUCUUCCUGGUUUUCGAUGAGAAUGAAUCAUGGUAUCUGGAUGAAAAUAUUAAAAGAUAUUGCCUCAAACCGAAUCAAGUUAACAAGGCGGACGAAGAUUUUCUUGAGAGCAAUAAAAAACAUGCUAUAAAUGGCAUGCUCUAUGGAAACUUGCAGGGACUGGAUAUGCAAGUUGGUGACAAGGUGUACUGGUAUCUCACUGGAAUGGGUAAUGAGGUAGACUUGCACUCAGUGCAUUUCCAUGGACACAGCUUUUACUAUAAGGUCAAGGGACAAUACCGUGGAGAUGUGUACGAUCUUUUUCCAGGAACAUUUCAGACUGUGGAAAUGGUACCGCAGCAUCCUGGAACCUGGCUUCUUCACUGCCAUGUCGCUGAUCACAUCCACGCUGGUAUGGAGACAACCUACACAGUCCAUGAGAAACCAGAGAAAACCAGCUUUUUUGGAAAGAUGUUUGGUGGAAGCUCUGGCUAAUUAUAGAACUUGAAUCCUUCCUGAUCAAG